ACCUACUAAACCAGCGCUUCUCCUUGACAUUUACCUUCCCCAUGGAUCCUUCAAAGAUAAGAAAGAAAAUCCGUCGCUUUCGAAUCCUCAUCAUAGGAAGAGCGAAUGCAGGAAAAACUACCAUCCUUCGAAGAGUUUGCAACACACGGGACAACCCAAUAAUAUAUAACAGCGCCGGGAAAAAGAUCGAUCUUGCAACUAUAACGGCAUCCAGAGAGCGCGGAGAGCACGAUAUCGACAAUGAAUUGGUGUUUGAAAGCAACCCAGGAUUUGUCUUUCAUGAUUCACGCGGUUUCGAGGCGGGCAGCGCAACCGAAUUCGACAAGGUCAAGGAAUUUAUCACUAGCCGUUCAAAGAAAACUAAACUAAGCGAUCAACUACACGCUAUCUGGUACUGCAUCCCGAUGGAUGAGGCACACAGGUCAUUCACUGAAGGUGAAAAUAAAUUUUUCUCUCAGUGCGACACAGGAACCGUUCCAGUGAUCGUACUGUUCACAAAGUUCGAUGCCUUCUACGACGUCGCAUUCGCAGAGCUGAAGAAGGAAGGAAAAUCUCGAAAGGACGCCAAAGAACUGGCCCCAAAACACGCCGAAGAGUCAUUUGUUAACGGGCCACAAUUGAAGUUUCUCAAAGACGUCCGAUGGCCGCCGAAAUGUCAUGUUUGCCUUCCUAACAUGAACAACGAUGAUGCAGAUUGCGGACCACUGAUGGAACGCACGGCUGGAACUCUGGGUACUAAUGAAGUGCUAGAGCAGUUGUUCGUUUCGACCCAGCAGAGCAACUUGGAGCUCUGCGUGAAAUAUGCAGUUGACAGAACACUCAAGAAAUAUUUUGACUCUAAAGAGUCUGAGGUUCAUGAGGUGAUGAUAGCAAGAGUGGGCGUCUGGUUUCCGCAUAUUUCGGUUGUGAGUGUGUCUAUCCUCGUUCGAGCUCGAGCCAUGCUGAUCCAAGUCGUCGCCCGCCGUUCGCAGGCAAUCGUCGCCCGCCGUUCGCAGGAAUCGUCGCCCGCCGUUCGCAGUAUGUGA